GCCGGGGUUGCCGGGGCUGCGGACGCCAUGUCGGGCCGCUCGGUGCGAGCUGAAACCCGCAGCCGCGCCAAAGAUGACAUCAAAAAAGUGAUGGCGGCCAUCGAGCGCGUCCGCAAAUGGGAGAAGAAGUGGGUGACGGUGGGAGACACAUCCCUUCGGAUAUUCAAGUGGGUGCCUGUAGCAGACAGUAAGGAGAAAGAGAAGUCCAAAACAAGUAGCAGCGCUGCCCGAGAACCCAAUGGCUUCCCAGCUGACUCAUCUGCCAACUCCUCCCUCCUCCUGGAGUUCCAGGAUGAGACCAGUAACCAGAGCUCCUUGUCGGAUGUUUACCAGCUCAAGGUCGACAGCAGCCCAAACUCGAGCCCCAGCCCCCAACAGAGCGAGUCAAUGAGUCCUGCACAUACGUCUGACUUCCGCACGGACGAUUCGCAGCCACCUACACUGGGGCAGGAGACCCUGGAAGAGCCCUGCCUACCUUCCUCGGAAGUUGCAGAUGAGCCUCCCACUCUCACGAAGGAGGAGCCUGUCCCUCUUGAGACUCAGGAAACUGAAGAGGAGGAUUCUGGGGCGCCGCCUCUGAAGAGAUUUUGUGCUGAUCAGAACUCUGUGUGCCACACGGUCUCGGAGAGCUAGGGACGGGCCCCUCCCUCCAG